AAUUCGGGAGCGGAUCUGAUCUGACGUUAGAGGAAACACCAUAGGCUAAACAUUGGAUCGUUCGAGGGAGCCGUUCGAUUCGUAUACCUUCAACGAUUUGCAACUUGUUUGGAAGCACUGGACUCUGAAACGAAGUAUCCGGAUCUAUCGAAUAAAGCUUGCUUCGAUACGGUUUUCGUGCGAACGAGCCUGCUCGAACGUGCCUUGUAAAAUCACCGAUACGAACGAUAAUACAAACAAUGAGUAGUAAAGGAGAAAUAUAAUUUUCUUUCGCGUCUUCCACGUUGUCCUUCCUUUGUUCGUUUUGUUCCUUCAUACGUCGACAGCUGUUCGAUCGCUUUUUUACGUGGCAUAAAUUCGACCGGUUAUGUCGUAUCGACCAAUCGACAGCCUUUAAUUUUCUAUGAUCGCACCCUUUAACGAUCUUUGCCGAAACUACAUAAAUCUCGCGCCGUAGACGAUUUGCACGUUCGUCCAUCCAACGUGUAACAGUAUAUCGGUAGCAAGAUAGUUUCUGUCAUUUUUCUUUUUAUUUAGACGCGAUUAGAAUUUAUAUACUAAUAUGGACGAUAUUAUAUAAUGUGGACGAAUAUCUGUGUGAUUGGCAUUCUGUCUGUGAUUGGAAUUAGUGCACAUUCUGUUUCUGAUGAAGUUUUGCCAUGGUCUUUGGGAAAAGCCCUGCACGCGAAGAAACUCUCGUAUGAAUACUAUUCAUCGUAUAACUGCAAAAAUGUAGGCCAUUUCCCGGAUGUCCACAAUUGCAAGCGAUUUUAUCAGUGUAACAGCUUCUUCGGACUACCUUUUGUUCAAAAUGUUUUUGAGUGCGAGAAUAAUCUGGUAUUCUCGAUCAGCACAGAAACCUGUGUACCACCUGAACAGAGUGGCAGAUCGGAAUGCAGGAAAAGAGUUGCACCACCUGCAAAAAGGAAGAGACAACCGUCGGCUUCGCCUCAGAAACCACUAAAGAAAACUAAAGCACCACCUACAAAACCAAGACCAGAAACAAAACUGAAACCGAAAGCAAAAUUAAAACCAACACCAACGCCAAAACCACAAUCACAAACAUCUAGAAAACCGCUAAAGAAGACUGCUAUACCACCGCUCCCACAAGCGUCACCGUCAUCUUCACCACCAUCUCCAAAACCGCAACCAGAACCACAAUCGCUGGAUUCAUUAAUUUCCCAACCGCCACACGAUCCUCUAACUCCAGCUGAACUGCAACCAAAAGACGAGUCAAAACCGGGGCCGAAACCAGAAACAUCAUUGCUCAGUGUCACUGAACCGCUCCCACAAUGGCAUCAAGCUCCAAAACCCAACUCUGCAAUUUUGAAACCCAACGGCACAGCUCUGGAACCCAAUGCCACAACUGUGAAACCCACUGCCAAAACUUCAGAAUCCAUCACCACAUCUCUGGAAGCCAAAGGCCUAACACCGGAACCUAACGUCACAACUUUGGAAUCAAUCGCCAAAACUUUGAAACCUAUCACUACCAUUUUAAAACCCAACAUCACAGAAGACACAAGUCAAAAAAUUUUGCAAAUUAACAAAACCAUGGUCGGAACCUCGAAUUCAGACAUUACAAAAGUCAUACCGGAACAAACUCCUGAAAUCGAGAAACCUGUCAUUACAGAUACGAAACCCAACAUCACAAAAGGGCUAUUUGGACAAAGUUCUGAAAGUGUGCAAUCUGCCGUCAGAACUUCUACACCUGUCAUUACAGACGAACUACUUAAAGUAAUUACUGAAAUUGAAGAACAUGCCACCAGGACUUCGACAUUGAACGUCACAGAGGGCGUAUCUGAACAAAUUCAGACAAAAAAGCUAUUAAGACAAAUUUCUAAAACUGUGGAACCCGCCGACGUAACUUCGCAACCCAACAUCACAGAAGGCAUAUCUGAACAAGUUCCUGAAACCGAGGGAGCUGUCGUCAAAACUUCGAACCCUAACAUCACAGAGGGUAUAACUGAACAAAACUCUGAAUUCGAUAAACCCACCGUCGCAGUUGUGAAACCGAAUAUCACGAAAGAGAUAGUUGAACAAAUCCCUGAAAUUACGAGAUUUACCGUCAGAACUACGACACCCAACAUCACAGAAGACAUAAGUCAACAAAUUCCUGAAAUCGACAAAUCUAUCAUCGCAACUUCAACACCCACAAUCAUGGAGAGCAUAUCUGAACAAAUUCCUGAAAGCGAGAAACCCGUCAUUACAGAUACGAAACCCAACAUCACAAAAGGGCUAUUUGGACAAAGUUCUGAAAGUGUGCAAUCUGCCGUCAGAACUUCCACACCUGUCAUUACAGACGAACUACUUAAAGUAAUUACUGAAAUUGAAGAACAUGCCACCAGGACUCCGACAUUGAACGUCACAGAAGGCGUAUCUGAACAAAUUCCAGAAAUUGAGCAACAUGUCGACAGAACUUCGAAGCCCAACAUUACACAGGGCAUAUCUAAACAGAUUUUUGACAUUGAGGAAGUCCUCGACGAAACUUCGCAACCUAACAUCACAGAGACCAUAACUGAACCAAUUUCAGUAUCUAAGAAACUCGAUGACGGAUCUUCGAACACCAACAUCACAGAGGAAAUAUCUGAAAAUAUUCCUAAAAUUGAGGAAGCCGUCGACGGAAAUUUGCAACCUAACAUCACAGAGACUAUAACUGAACAAACUCCAGAAUCUAAGAAAGCCGACGACGGAACUCUGAACCCCAAAAUCACAGAGGAAGUAUCUGACAAAAUGCCAGAAAUUAAAAAAGUUGUCGAUGGAACAUUACCACCUAACAUCACAGAGGACAUAUCUGAACAGACUUCUCAAUCUAAAGAACUCGAUCAGGAAACUUCGAUACCCAACAUCACAGAGGGAAUAUCUGAAAAAGUUCCUGAAACUGAGGAAGCUGUCGAUGGAACAUUACCACCUAACAUCACAAAGGGCAUAUCUGAACACACUUCUCAAUCUAAAGAAGCCGCCCACGAAACAUCGAUUCCCAAAAGCACAGAGGGAAUAUCUGGACAGAGUCCUCAAUCUAAGGAAGUCGCUCACGAAACUUCGAUCCCCAACAUCCCAGAGGGAAUAUCUGAAAAAAUUCCUGAAAUCGAGGAAGCUGUCGGUGGAACUUCAGAGCUCAACAUUAUAGAAGGGCUAUUUGGAGAAAUUGUUGGAACGGAGAAACCUGUAAUCGAAACAACGAACCCCAACAUCUCAGAGGGAAUAUCUGAAAAAAUUCCUGAAAUUGAGGGAGGUGUCGAUGGAACUCUAGCACCUAACAUCACAGAGGGAAUAUCUGGACAGAGUCCUCAAUCUAAGGAAGUCGUCCACGAAACUUCGAACCCCAACAUCUCAGAGGGAAUAUCUGAAAAAAUUCCUGAAAUCGAGGAAGCUGUCGGUGGAACUUCAGAGCUCAACAUUAUAGAAGGGCUAUUUGGAGAAAUUGUUGGAACGCAGAAACCUGUAAUCGGAACGUCGAACCCCAACAUCAUAGAGGGUACACUUGAAAAAAUUCCAGAAUUGGAGGAAGCCGUCAAUGGAACAUUAGCACCUAACAUCACAGAGGGCAUAACUGAACAGAGUCCAAAAUCUAAAGAAGCCGUCGACGGAACUUUGAACCCUGGCAACACAGAGGGAAUAUCUGAACAGAGUCCUCAAUCUGAAGACGCUGCCUACGAAACUUCAAUCCCCAACAUCCUAGAGGGAAUAUCUGAAAAAAUUCCUGAAAUUGAGGGAGCUGUUGAUGGAACUUUAGCACCUAAUAUCACAGAGGGAAUAUCUGGACAGAGUCCUCAAUCUAAGGAAGUCGUCCACGAAACUUCGAACCCCAACAUCUCAGAGGGAAUAUCUGAAAAAAUUCCUGAAAUCGAGAAAGCUGUCAGUGGAACUUCAGAGCUCAACAUUAUAGAAGGGCUAUUUGGAGAAAUUGUUGGAACGGAGAAACCUGUAAUCGAAACAACGAACCCCAACAUCUCAGAGGGAAUAUCUGAAAAAAUUCCUGAAAUGGAGGAAGCUGUCGGUGGAACUUCAGAGCUCAAUAUUAUAGAAGGGCUAUUUGGAGAAAUUGUUGGAACGGAGAAACCUGUAAUCGAAACGUCGAACCCCAACAUCAUAGAGGGUACAUUUGAAAAAAUUCCAGAAUUGGAGGAAGCCGUCAAUGGAACAUUAGCACCUAACAUCACAGAGGGCAUAACUGAACAGAGUCCAAAAUCUAAAGAAGCCGUCGACGGAACUUUGAACCCUGGCAACACAGAGGGAAUAUCUGAACAGAGUCCUCAAUCUGAAGACGCUGCCUACGAAACUUCAAUCCCCAACAUCCUAGAGGGAAUAUCUGAAAAAAUUCCUGAAAUUGAGGGAGCUGUCGAUGGAACUUUAGCACCUAAUAUCACAGAGGGAAUAUCUGGACAGAGUCCUCAAUCUAAGGAAGUCGUCCACGAAACUUCGAUCCCCAACAUCUCAGAGGGAAUAUCUGAAAAAAUUCCUGAAAUCGAGGAAGCUGUCGGUGGAACUUCAGAGCUCAACAUUAUAGAAGGGCUAUUUGGAGAAAUUGUUGGAACGGAGAAACCUGUAAUCGAAACAACGAACCCCAACAUCUCAGAGGGAAUAUCUGAAAAAAUUCCAGAAAUUGAGGGAGCCGCCGAUGGAACUUUAGCACCUAACAUCACAGAGGGAAUAUCUGGACAGAGUCCUCAAUCUGAAGAAGCUGUCCACGAAACUUCGAUUCCCAACAUCACAGAGGGAAUAUCUGAAAAAGUUCCUAAAAUUGAGGAAGCCGCCGAUGGAACUUUAGCACCUUACAUCACAGAGGGAAUAUCUGGACAGAGUCCUCAAUCUGAAGAAGCUGACCACGAAACUUCGAUUCCCAACAGCACAGAGGGAAUAUCUGAAAAAAUUCCUAAAAUUGAGGAAUCUGUCGAUGAAACUUUAGCUCCUAACAUCACAGAGGGAAUAUCUGGACAGAGUCCUCAAUCUAAGGAAGUCGUCCACGAAACUUCGAACCCCAACAUCACAGAGGGAAUAUCUGAAAAAGUUCCUAAAAUUGAGGAAGCCGCCGAUGGAACUUUAGCACCUAACAUCACAGAGGGAAUAUCUGGACAGAGUCCUCAAUCUGAAGAAGCUGUCCACGAAACUUCGAUUCCCAACAGCACAGAGGGAAUAUCUGAAAAAAUUCCUAAAAUUGAGGAAUCUGUCGAUGAAACUUUAGCUCCUAACAUCACAGAGGGAAUAUCUGGACAGAGUCCUCAAUCUAAGGAAGUCGUCCACGAAACUUCGAUUCCCAACAUCACAGAGGGAAUAUCUGAAAAAGUUCCUAAAAUUGAGGAAGCCGCCGAUGGAACUUUAGCACCUAACAUCACAGAGGGAAUAUCUGGACAAAGUCCUCAAUCUGAAGAAGCUGCCCACGAAACUUCGAUUCCCAACAGCACAGAGGGAAUAUCUGAAAAAAUUCCUAAAAUUGAGGAAGCCGCCGAUGGAACUUUAGCACCUAACAUCACAGAGGGAAUAUCUGGACAGAGUCCUCAAUCUGAAGAAGCUGCCCACGAAACUUCGAUUCCCAACAGCACAGAGGGAAUAUCUGAAAAAAUUCCUAAAAUUGAGGAAGCUGUCGAUGAAACUUUAGCACCUAACAUCACAGAGGGAAUAUCUGGACAGAGUCCUCAAUCUGAAGAAGCUGUCCACGAAACUUCGAUUCCCAACAUCACAGAGGGAAUAUCUGAAAAAGUUCCUAAAAUUGAGGAAGCCGCCGAUGGAACUUUAGCACCUAACAUCACAGAGGGAAUAUCCGGACAGAGUCCUCAAUCUGAAGAAGCUGCCCACGAAACUUCGAACCCCAACAUCACAGAGGGAAUAUCUGAAAAAGUUCCUAAAAUUGAGGAAGCCGCCGAUGGAACUUUAGCACCUAACAUCACAAAGGGAAUAUCUGGACAGAGUCCUCAAUCUGAAGAAGCUGCCCACGAAACUUCGAUUCCCAACAGCACAGAGGGAAUAUCUGAAAAAAUUCCUAAAAUUGAGGAAGCUGUCGAUGAAACUUUAGCACCUAACAUCACAGAGGGAAUAUCUGGACAGAGUCCUCAAUCUGAAGAAGCUGUCCACGAAACUUCGAUUCCCAACAUCACAGAGGGAAUAUCUGAAAAAGUUCCUAAAAUUGAGGAAGCCGCCGAUGGAACUUUAGCACCUAACAUCACAGAGGGAAUAUCCGGACAGAGUCCUCAAUCUGAAGAAGCUGCCCACGAAACUUCGAACCCCAACAUCACAGAGGGAAUAUCUGAAAAAAUUCCUAAAAUUGAGGAAGCUGUCGAUGAAACUUUAGCACCUAACAUCACAGAUGGAAUAUCUGAACAGACUCCUCAAUCUAAAGAAGCCGUCGGCGGAACUUCGAACCCCAACAUCACAGAGGAUAUAUCUGAAAAAGUUCCUAAAAUUAAGGAAGUCGUUGAUGGGACUUCAAAACCCAACAUUACAAAGUGCAUAUCUGAACAAAUUCCUAAAAUGGAAGAGCCUGUCAUUGAUUCUUCGCAACCUAACAUCACAGUACUAUAUGAUGAUGUUACUGAAGCGGGGAUAGAGAAUCCCUCUAAUGAUACUGACGAUCAGCAUGCCACAAAUGCUGCGUCAUCGAUAACCCCGGUUUCCUUGUCCAAGGGAAUCAACGAACAACAAGAUUGUGUCAAAGAGGGUUUCUUCGCUAAUUCCGAGGAUUGUUCGAAAUUUUAUAGAUGUGUACUAAACGGAGAUUCCUUUGUUAGGUACCAGUUCUCUUGUCCCGUUGGAACGUUAUGGGAUGAUCAGCUUGAAACUUGCAAUUUCCCAAAGAGAAUUAAAUCCAAGGGUUUAUGCAAACGCCGGAUAUACGCUGCAUCGCUAGUACCUGAAUUUUCAAAGUUCAAAAUUGAAGACAGUCCUGAUAUUGGCAAUCUAAGCGUUGAUAGGUUCUGUAUCAUUUGUCCAAGUGGUUUUCGGCGACAUCCGAAAUAUUGCAAUAUAUUUUAUCAGUGUAUUAAUAACGGUGAUAUGAUGGUGAAUAUCAUGUCGUUUGCGUGUCCAGGAGGCUCCGUCUUUGACGAGGAAAAAUUGUUGUGCUCAUCAGGAAGAGACGAUUGCGCAAAAUUUUCACUUCACAAACUGCCUGAUUCGAUUACAGUCAUGAACCGCUUAAAUGAGGUAUUCUGUACAAGCGAGGGUCGGUUCCCAUAUGAAGAACCUUGUUCGAGCAAAUAUUUCAAAUGUAUACGUAACGAACGAGGAGCACUCGAAGGAUAUCUACUAGAUUGUCCGUCGAAAUAUGCGUACUCACCAGUUUCGGGUAAUUGCGUACCUUCAGAGACAUAUCCAUAUUGCGCGAACUAUUAUUAAAUUAACGAUAAUAUUGAAUCUUAAUUACUUUUUAAUUUUACACUCGUCGCAAUUUGGUGAUUGCUGUAACGUGUUGGAGUUUAAAAAUAUCUACUUUUUGACUCAAAUUUAA